CGCGUCAUUGGCUGCUGAGCUGCUCUCCGGAGUUGUGCUCGUGCACUAAUUCAAACGGCUGACUUCUUGCGCGCGCGCAAGGAAAGGGUUGAUCUCCUUCGAGCUCAAAUUCGUGUUUCAUCCGUCAGCUACAUGAUUCUGCCAUCCAAAUAUAAAGGCCUCAACAUCUGUCUUCUCGCAGACAUGACGAGACAGGAGUAAAGUAUCUGUUCUCGGGUGGAGCGUGAGGUUGGGCAGAGGAUGCUGGAGGAGAGUGACGGAGAGUUGGAGGGGAUCGGAGGAGGAGGAGACGGAGGGCUCCAAGCAGAGGUGGAGAGGCUGACGGCAGAACUCCAGGAAGCCAAUGAGGAGAAGUUACAGGCUGCACGGUACGGCCUGGCCGUUCUGGAGGAGAGUGCUGCACUGAAGAUCAAACACAGCCAGCUGGAGGAAGAACAUGAAGCCCUUAAGGUGGAAGUGCAACAGCUCAGAGAGGCUCUAACAGACUCUAUGAGCAGCCAUAAGCGUACAGCUGCAGAUGGGGAAAGUCGAGAAGAGAGGCUCCUGCAGGAGUCGGCCACUAAAGAGGCAGCCAUGGAGAGUCGCAUGGAUGAGCUGCAGACAGAGCUUAAACAGGCCCGUGUCAUGCUGGCCAAUGCCUCGGCUGAAAAUGACAGACUGGCUGGCCUUUCCACUCAGCUGAAGAAGGAGUGUGAGUGUUUGGAGGUGGAGAAGACCCGAAUGAGAGAGGAGAUGAAGGAGUACAAGACUCGAGAGGUGCAGCAGCUUCAGGAUAACAGUGAGCUGGAAGAGGAGAACAUCUCCCUGCAGAAACAAGUCUCAGUGCUUAAGGAGAACCAGGUGGAGUUUGAGUCAGUGAAGUUGGAGUUGACCCAUAAAGAUGAGGAGCUGGAGCUGAUGAGGGCACAGCUAGAAGAGGCGGGGCGUUUGAGGGAGAUUGCAGAGUGUCAGCUGGAUGAGGCACUCGAGGCCCUGAAAGAGGAGAGGGAGCAGAAGAACAGCCUGAGACGAGAGCUCGCCACCCUUACCCUCAACCCCUUUGACUCUAUUGGCCACUUUGAGGUACAGCUAGAUGACAGCCGGGAUGGAGAGAAAGAGAAGGAGGCAGGAGAGGAGGAGGAGGAGGAGAUGGACAGUGGGUAUAACAACUCUAAAGGGAUGGAGAGAAACAGGUGCUCCACACCCAGAAACAGUGAUGUGUUCCUAAGACCUCAGGCACCUGGGCUGGUGGCCGACCUGCUGAGUGAGCUGCACCUGUCAGACAGCCAGAAACUCAAGCAGCAGCUGCUGCAGGUGGAGAGAGAGAAAGCCACACUGAGCAGUACUGUGCAUGAUCUCCAGCAGCAGUUAACCCAGUCUAAAGAUGCUCUCAGUGAGCAACAGGUGAAGAUGGAUCAGCUGACCCAACAUUUGGAGACCCUUCAGAGUAUGGCCUCGAAAAGGCCUGCUGAACGAGAGAAUGGAAUGAGCCCGCCUCCUAGGUCUCUUCAGAACCAAGAAGCCGAAAAUGGCAUCAGCUACUACGAAGUUGAUGCAAAAAGCACAGAGGUGCUAGAGUGCCGCAUGCAAGCAGCAAAUGAGGAGCUUGCACGUCUGCAUGAGGAGCUGAAAGAGGUUGGCGAACGCUCCAAAGCUCUGGAGGAGCGCUACAAGCAGGAGAAAGAACACUGGAGGGGUGAGGCACAGGAACUCGCUGAUAAAAUACGACAGUGUAUCACUGCUAGUCGACAGGACCAGGAGCGAAUAGGACAGUUGGAACGGGAAAUUGGUGCCACGCGACAGGUCGCCACUGACUCUGAAGGCCACCUCAGUGCUGCACAGGAGGAGCUUCUGGCCUUCUCUGAGGAGCUGGCCAACCUUUACCAUCAUGUGUGUGUUUGUAACAACCUCACGCCCAGUCGCGUUACACUGGAUUACUACCGUGAAAGAGCACAAGCCGGGAGAACGCACAACCAUUCGCAGCCACACAACUAUCGCGGAUCCCUCCGUAGGCACAGGCGGUCAGGUGAAGUGUUGGACCUGGGCAGCAGAGGGAGUGGAGACACAUCAUCUAGCUGCGGAAGUUGUCCAGGGUCUCCUACACUAGACUUCAGGGACCCAAACAAUGUGCGCAAUCUGGUAGCUAUCAUACGCUGCCAGAUUAAACAUUUACAGGUGGCGGUGGACCUGUGCAGGCAGCGUAACCUGUUGUCUUCUCCAGCAGCAGGAGGGAGCACCGAAUCAGACCGUGACACGGAGGCACUGAUUGAGGAAGUGUUAAAACUUAAGUCCCUCCUGAGCACCAAGAGAGAGCAGAUAGCCACCCUCAGAACUGUCCUAAAGGCCAAUAAACAGACAGCGGAUUUGGCUUUAACCAACCUGAAGACAAAGUACGAGACUGAGAGGAGUAUGGUGACAGAGACGAUGAUGAAGCUGAGAAAUGAACUGAAGGCCCUGAAGGAGGAUGCAGCUACCUUCUCCUCCCUUCGGGUCAUGUUUGCAAGCAGAUGUGACCAGUACGUUACUCAGUUAGAUGAGAUGCAGAGACAACUCGCCGCCGCUGAGGAUGAGAAGAAGACGCUCAACUCUCUCCUCCGCAUGGCCAUUCAGCAGAAGCUGGCACUGACCCAGCGGCUGGAGGACCUGGAGGGCCCUCUGUCCCCUCUCAGUAACGGUGGCAGCCCACGCCACUCCCGGACCAAACAUCUGACCAAAUCAGGCCGAGCCCCGCGGAGCCCCAUGAGAAACAGUCCACGCUCCAGUCCAGUGCUAGUGCCUGCCGGCCCGCAGAACAUGAGCAGCCACAUGAGGGCGCUCUCACGCAGCCUUCACUGCAGCCCCAGAUGAAAACCUCCUUGUGUCUCUCUGUGCUCCAGUACACAUGGACCAUGUUCAUGAACACCCUUACCCUGCAGACCUGUCCCAGCAUCCUCCUCCUCAUCAGACCUCACCUCAUUGGAUCUCUCGUCAUGUCUCUCGUGACUCUCCUCCCACCCCCUCUCUCGUCUGUUUGUCCAUAUGGUUGUCUUCUGUUUGUUUGGAUCAAGUCAUUCAGCUUCAAGAUACUGAAAGCUGAACACAGUCAUGUCAUGCCAUCAGAUUUUUCGUAUUCAUGAACACAUGUACCAAACCAAAAACUCGUGGAGAUCAGUACUGUUUAGUCUGGCUGUGACUGACCUUUUCUUAUACUGGCUAUAGAUAAACAUACCCUGUUUUGGUUUUAGCAAUUAAAAACUGAAUUGUUAGCUAUCAUGGAGGACAUUCCUCUGGUUUAACUGACCAGUUGUGCGGUUCUGCUAAGUCUAGAGAGUUAGUUAUUGGUUAUUGACAUAUAACUUGCCCUGGCAUUUACAGACUACAGUAAAGUGGAAAAACAACAACCAUAUAACCAGUAAGCAGCACAAUCAACUAUGCAGAGGCUCAAAGACAUUUGCUGCUAAUUAGCUCAUGCAAAAAAUAAAAAAGCUAAUUACCUAACUGCCAGUUUAUUCUGCCUACAACACAUAGUUGACCAUCAGCACUGUUAGACAAAUGUAAUUUAUUUUUAAGUGGGACAGUAGCAAACUGUUGUAAUGGUUGUGUUCAUGUCAAACGGGAACACAUUGACUGGGAAAAAAAAAUUGUAAUAGGAUUUAAAAUAGUGCCUUAAUACUUUUGAAUGAAGAUUUGUAGAUAAUUGGUUUAAUAUUUUGUUUAUUGAAUUGAUGAUUAUGGUCUAGCUUGUUUUAAGACUAAUUGUGGAUUACUGUGUGCAUGUAUGAACAGUACAGAUAAUAUUACAUUUCCCAAUAGGCUUGUUUUGUUAAAAACAAUAUUUCACUGUUCUUGUCAGAACCGUGUUUAUUUGUCAGAUGUCAAGUGGACCUGCCUGUCAACACUUUCAUCUCGUUUUCGAUAUUGAUCGUCAUUUCCAUAUUGAAAAAAAUGCUUCCUAUUAUAUUUUUAUUUUUUUUUAAAGCUGAUUUUCUUUUAUAUUGUAUUGUUCAGCCCUACAUAAUGGUAAUUUCCACACAAUAUCAGGUCUUGUCUUAAAUAUGUGGUGAAAAAAUAAAUAAAUAAAGUUUUCAGUGA